CUCUCCUAUGUCUCUCACUCUCUAUCCAAACAAUUAAAAAAAAAAGGUCCAUAAAGAAGAAAAAAAAAGACAAGUUCCGGAAAACAACGCAGCAUCGCCGUCGUCGUACCAAGAAUCUUUAAUUUUUUUUGGUAUCUCAACCUUUGAUUCUUCGAAUUUAUUCGGUUUUGGAAUCGAGAAAGAAAUGGAUUCUGAUUCAUGGAGUGAUCGUCUCGCAUCGGCUUCACGAAGAUACCAGCUCGAUUUCUUGUCUCGAUCUGAUAACUUCUUGGGGUUUGAGGAGGUAGAGGGAGAAGAUGAGUUCAGGGAAGAGUAUGCUUGCCCCUUCUGCUCUGACUACUUUGAUAUCGUCUCUCUCUGCUGCCACAUAGACGAAGAUCAUCCCACUGAAACAAUCAAUGGGGUAUGUCCCGUUUGUGCGGUGAAAGUGAGCUCUGAUAUGGUUGCUCAUAUAACUCUUCAACAUGCAAAUAUGUUCAAGGUGACAACGAGAAAAAGAAAAUCAAGAAGAGGCGGGGUUCAAUCCAUGUUAUCAAUCUUGAAGAGAGAGUUUCCUGAUGGAAACUUCCAGAGCUUGUUUGAAGGAUCUUCACGUGUUGUUGUACCUUCUUCUUCCUCCAGUAUAGCUGCUGACCCUUUGCUGUCUUCCUUCAUUUCUCCGAUGGCGGAUGGACUUUUCAUUUCAGAGACGAGUUCUGCCAAAAAGACAUCAAACCAGAGUUUGCCUGAACGGAGUGUUGAGAAGAAGUCGCUUUCUGCAGAGGAUCACAGAGAAAAGUUGAAACAGAGCGAGUUCGUUCAAGGGGUUUUCUGCUCAAUGAUUCUUGAUGAUGAUUUAUAAAGGAGAGAAAAAAAUAACUUUGUCUACAAGUAUUAUUAGAUCAUUCAACUGUUGGAACAAAUUUAAUGGAGUUGUUGUUUGUUUUCAACAAGUGAUAUGGUGGGAUAACCAAGAAUAAUGUUAGAGAAGCUUUGUAUUGAAGAGUCAAAAGAGAUACAUGAAUAAUGAGUAUUAUUUAUCUUAUUGAACACAUUCUUUUC